AUGCCCGAUGGUUACUCGAUAGUAAUACCGCAGCGUAUCGACGACCGAGGACGAUUUCUUAGCUACGACGUGAAACACACACCUCGGACUCGAUACAAGCGCCACGCAGACGGCUAUGGCGAUGGCGAUGGCGAUGGUGAUGGCGAUGACGAUGACGAUGGCGACACGCUGUUCUUCAAAGUGCGUGCUUACGAGACUGACUUUCAUCUGAACGUGACGUUGUGUAGAGACCUCGUGUCGAGAGACUUUGUCGUCGAACAUUGGGGACGCAACGGCACGACGCAUGCGCGGCGUCACCAGCCGUCAGACGACUGUCAUUUCGUCGGUCAUGUGUCCAACGUUGCCCAAUCAAGCGUCGCGAUUAGUACUUGUCGGGGAAUGCACGGGGUCAUUCUGACGGGCGAUGAAGACUUCAUCAUUGAACCACUACGUGACGCCAGCCAGCAUUUUGAUGCUAACGCCUCACGCGAUGAAGAUGGCCAGCCACACAUCAUCUACAAACGAUCAUCCCUGCAGUCGCAUCGCCACCGCAAACACGGCCACUGCGGCGUCAAAGAUGCUUCCCGUCAUCAUCAUCACAAGCUAAAGACGUCGCUAUCCGCUAAGCCAACGACACGUCGGCAGCGAGCGGUAGGACGUCGGCGGAGGCGGCGGAAGCGGUCGGUGAGUCGGGAAUAUUUCGUGGAGACGCUAGUCGUCGUCGACAAGCGGAUGGUGGGUUACCAUGGCAACCAGGAGAUCGAGCCUUACGUACUGACCGUGAUGAACAUCGUCGCCAAGCUGUACCGCCAUGAGAGCAUCGGCAACUCUGUGAGUAUCGUCAUCACGAGGCUUGUGCUGCUAACCGAGGACCAGCCUGAUCUGUCGAUCUCUCACCAUGCUGACCGCUCUCUGGACAGCUUCUGUAGGUGGCAGAGCACGAUCAAUCCGGCCGUAGGAUCUAAGAGGAAGGAGGACCAGGGCCUAGCCCAUCACGACAACGCUGUGCUUAUCACCAGAUAUGACAUAUGCACCUAUAAGAAUCGACCGUGCGGCACCCUCGGGUUGGCGCCGGUGGCCGGCAUGUGUGAGCCAGACAGGAGCUGCAGCAUCAGUGAGGACAUCGGGCUCGCGAGUGCGUUCACCAUCGCGCACGAGAUCGGACACAACAAACUCAGAGAGUUGUGUACGGAGCUGUGGUGCAUCAACUACCAGGGUAGAUGUGUAACGAACAGCAUCCCCGCUGCUGACGGCACUAACUGCUCGACGAGCCGCACACAGGACGGAUGGUGUUACCAAGGCGACUGCAUUGCAAAAGGCUACCGACCGAGCGCCGUUGAUGGAGGCUGGAGCGAUUGGUCGUCGUGGGAUAUGUGCACGCGCACGUGUGGGGGCGGAGUUGAGAAGAGCCAACGCAACUGUGACAAGCCACGGCCGAUGAAUGAUGGGAAAUACUGCCUCGGCGAAAGAGUUCGCUAUCGUUCAUGCAAUGCGCACGAUUGCCCGAUAAAUUCGACGGAUUUCCGAGCUAUUCAGUGUGCCAGCUACAACCACAUCCCGUUCAGAAAGGUUUACUACAACUGGGUGCCGUUUACUGGAAGCCAGGUGAAACCGUGCGCGCUGAAUUGUCUGGCCGACGGACACCACUUCUACACUGAGAGGGCGCCAAAGGUCAUCGAUGGCACGCGGUGCUAUCCCGGACAGCUGGACAUGUGCGUCAAUGGAGACUGCAAGACCGUUGGUUGUGACGGCAUUCUCAACUCUAACACCGUCGAGGACAAGUGUAGAGUCUGCGGAGGCGACGGCAGCACGUGUAGAACCAUAUCCGGAGAAAUAGAUAGCAUUUUGCCGCAGGGUGGUUCUGGUCACGCUGCAUGCUCACGCUGCAUGAAUGGUUCGCUGCAUGGCGUACGAGGGUUCCUGCGUAAAUUAUUAGAUAUACCGCUGAGUCUCGUCAACGUUGAAAACAGUACGGAUAUCGCUGGCCACGUUCGUAGAGUCAGAGUGCAAAUAGUAGAGACUGCCGCUAUAAAUUAUAUCCCGUGCUGCGUGCACACUGUUAUAUAUACUGCGCGCCUUCCUAUUGUUUUAGGUUCUGGUCACGCUGCAUGCUCACGCUGCAUGAAUGGUUCGCUGCAUGGCGUACGAGGCUACGUCGAAGUCAUACACAUUCCUAAAGGCGCCGUAUAUAUAGACAUUCGAGAGGUCGGAACCACGCGCAACUAUCUGUCCCUGAAGACGACCGGUGAGAAAUACUACAUUAACGGUGCGUGGACCAUCGACUGGCCCCGGAUGUUUGAGGUCGCCGGAACCGUAUUCGAAUACAAGCGACCGGAACACACUCCGGAAGUGCUGACGGCGCGCGGACCGACGACAGAGGAUCUCGUCGUCAUGGUCCUCGUUCAAGAACUCAAAGUGGCCGUUCGUUACCAGUACAACAUACCUGUGGAUAACGACAGUGGCGAACCUGUGAAAUACUCUUGGCAGUACACACUUUGGACAGAGUGUUCUCAGUCGUGUGGCUCUGGUAACUAUAACUAUUUAGAUUGCAAAAGGAAAUGGUUAUGUCCACUCACCUGCGGAUCAAACGUGACGGCGACGCGUGGCGUGCACUGCGUGCGUGGCGACACUGGCGCCACCGUCGACGACUCCUUCUGCAUCCGAAACGAAAGACCUGCUUCUAAAACAAAGUGCAACACCACCGAGUGUCCUCCAGCGGCGUGGAAGACAGGAGAUUGGAGCCAGUGCUCGGUGAGCUGCGGUAAUGGUAUCAAACGUAGGAACGUCGCAUGUAAGUCUCACGCGGGCGAGAACAGCAACACCUGUGCCAAGAGCAAGCGACCGGUCGACCAGGAAAUGUGCGGAGCAAGCUGUACCGAAUGCGUCGAUGUUACGUCUGUUCCCUACUGCCCCCUGGUGGUCAAAUACAAGUUCUGCGACCGGGACUACUUUCGGCAGCUGUGUUGCAAGACCUGCGAAGACAACGGACAGUAGGGUGGGAGUGUCGCGUGUAAGACAUUGCGCAUCAUGUCCGAGAGAGGCGGUGAAUGUGAGACUGACUUGGUAAAUAUGACGCUGCACGGGUCGAGAGCGGCACCAACUACGCGCGAGGGAUCGUAAGAUUGCCGCCUUCGGAACAGUCUAACUGUCGUAUCGUAUCGUAUCGUAUUGUAUCGGAUGCGGAUGCGUAUUACGAGCUUCGGCCGCUCGGUGGUUGGACGUGCGGUGAUACAUACGGUCAUACGCUCACUGGCAAAUCACACGCGUCAACUCAUUCGCGCUGCAGCGUGCGCAAGCUGUCGCUCCAAUCAAUAACGAUGCAGUAACGGUCAGGGGGAGUCAGUUACGUCACAGCUGCUGUGGCCCGUGAGUCAGUUACGUCACAGCUGGUGUGUCCAUGAGUCAGUUACGUCACAGUUGGGGUGACCUAUGAGUUAGUGACGUCACAGCUGUGGUGGCCCAUGAGUCAGUUACGUUACAGCUGGUGUAGUCCGUGAGUCAGUUACGUCACAGCUGGUGUGGCCCAUGAGUCAGUUACGUCAUAGCUAGGGUGACCCAUGACUAAGUUACGUCACAGCUGUGGUGGCCCGUGAGUCAAUUACGUCACAGCUGGGGUGGUCCGUGACUCAGUUACGUCAUAGCUGGUGUGGCCCAUGAGUCAGUUACGUCACAGCUGGUGUGGUCCGUGAGUCAGUUACGUCACAGUUGGGGUGACCCAUGAGUUAGUGACGUCACAGCUGUGGUGGCCCAUGAGUCAGUUACGUCACAGCUGGUUUGGUCCAUAAGUCAGUUACGUCACAGCUGGUGUGGUCCAUGAGUCAGUUACGUCACAGCUAGGGUGACCCAUGAGUCGUAUUGGAGACAGAUAGACAAAGCUGUGAGUCACUUGUGAGACAAAUGAUCUGAGCGGUAAGUCAGUAUAACGAGACAGAUAGACUAAGCUGUGAUCCAGUAAGGAGACAACGUACAGUGAGUCGGUUGUGAGACAGUUUAAACCAUGAAUUAAUUAUUAAAUUAAGUCGUUAUUAAACCAUGAGCUCUGAGGGAGUGUGGGGGUAGUCCGGAAUGAGCUAUGUGGCACUAGCGAGAGGGGGGCCGUAAACUCGAUGACUGGACCACCGCAAUGACCCACGAGUCAACGAUGGCAGCUGAAAGCAAACUAUGAGGUAGCAACGCGGCAGUGGCUGGCCGGUAAAAAAUAAGCCGCGAUGCAAAUAGGAAGAAGUCUCUAUCAGGAACAAAGCCACUUGCAUUUACAUCUCCCUGAAGCGAGUGCGGACGAGAAAGGGGGAGAUGACAAAUAGAGUGAAUGACAGACGGACGGACAAAGCGACGGACGGACGAAGGUCGAGACAGACAGACAGACAUUUUGACAGAUUAGCUGACAGAUAGGUAGGAAAGUACCACCGUCCAUUAAUAAUUCUGUUAAUAUAUAAAUCGAAAUGUUUGUUGCUAUUUAUAUAAAUUACUCUUCAAUGGCAGUAGUGGUGUAUUCUAAGGCACGUGGUUGUCGCACGCAUGUAACGUAGACGUUCAUAGCUUUGAUUCAAGCAGACAGAUUUUUAUCUAUUUAUUUAACUCCGUACAAGUGGUUAUCAACACAAAAUUGUUCAUAGGUAAGCGUCACGUGUUCGUCAAAUGAGUUAUCAUAUGUGUAUUACGUGAUAAAAUAUAGAGCCAUCACUGCCAACUGUUAAAAAUAAGUUCAUUAAUUAAAUGUUGAAUAAUUCUGCUAUGUAAUCAUUUAUUAUGAUCGGCGAUGUAUAUCUUAAGGAUAACCGUUACGAUAAUAAUACAUGCGUAUGUUAAACAAAAA